GUUUACUUUUGAAAGAUUUACAAUAAGUACUGUUACACAAACAUACUUUUUUUUUUUUUUCAUGUUGGCCGAUCUGACUUCAAGUUUAUGAAUGUCAAACUGGCUCUCCAUAACUUCCAACUUAGUAUAAUCAUUCUUUUUUAUUAUUCAUACGAAUGCAACAAUUCCUUACACUAUGCAACUACAGAUAUCUCCGAUGGUCUAUUUGUAAAAGUGCCAUGGUUCUGCGAAGGUUUUAAUAUUAAUUUCUUUGUGUAUAGAAAGCUAAUCAAUAUAUUUUCGGGGAUUUCGUGGUGCACGCUUAUUCAUAACUAUUUUUUCUGUUGUAAUUUUGUUAUUAACCAGAGCAAUUUUUGUGCUUCAUGACAUAUUCGAUACAACAACUCUAGUAGUCAUUUAUUUUCUUUUAUAUGUCUAUUGAUUCACUUUACAUUCAUUUCUGUUGUUUUUUAUUUGAUUAAUUAGCAGUCAAUUAUCCAAACUCACAUCUCUAACCUGCUCGUUGGAUAUAAGACUCUCCAUAUAGGAUGUACUAUCAAAAUAGCAGAAAACAUGCUACUGGCGUAAGCUUGUUGCUUUCUGUUGUUUUCCUAUGGCUCAUAAGCUCCUUUUUUACCAAUAAUCUGCUGAAUGACCCUAGCUUUUUCAAUCCCUUUUUUAUCACCUACUUGAAUACCGGUACGUUUGUGUUGUAUUUGAUCCCAUGGUAUCUUUUUGAGAGAAAUGAUACAAAAAGAGAGCUUACAGCUCAUACUUCUGUCUAUGAAUCAUUGGAUGAAACACAAAAUCCAUAUACGUAUAGACGAAAGCCGAUGACAUUUCGACAAACCGCCUCUUUGAGCUUAGGAUUCUGCAUUAUAUGGUUUGCUGCUAAUUAUUUCAGCAAUGGCUCUUUAGCGUUCACGAAUGUUGCAUCCUUUACCAUCAUAUCUAGCAUGAGUGGAUUUUUCACUCUGGGGUUAGGAGCUAUUUUCAACGUUGAGAAGUUUACCUUUGGUAAGUUGCUGGCCUUGGUAGCAAGCGUUGGGGGUGUGAUUCUUGUUGUUAUUCAAGAUUCAAAACAAGCAUCUGGCGGGGAUAAUGCACCUUCUCAACCAGCAUUGGGAAACACUUUUGCAUUGUUAGCUGCUUUUCUAUACGGAUGCUAUUCCGUUCUUGUGAAAUUCCAUAUUACAGAGGAGGUCUGCGUUUCUAUGCGUUUGUUUUUCGGUCUGGUGGGACUCUUUGACAUUAUUUUGCUUUGGCCGUUUUUAAUCUUACUACACUAUUAUGGAGUCGAAAAGUUUCAGCUUCCUUCUACUAACCGUGGAAUUGCUAUCUUGCUUUUUAAUGCUGGGAUUACUUUUGUCUCCGAUUAUCUAUGGGUAAUUGCAAUGCUAAUGACUAGCCCUUUGUUGGUAACCCUUGGAAUGAGUCUCAGUAUACCAUUAGCUUUGUUUUUUGACAUCAUUCUCAGAGGUCAUUAUAUAAAUUUUACAUUAAUUUUCGGGUCUCUUCUGGUCUUCGCGGGAUUUAUCGUUGUAAAUUAUAAUCAAACAACACACGUCUAACAACUUUUACAUGCUCCUCCUCCUCAUAUCAAUUUUGUCUUUACAUAAGUUAUUCUCUUUUCUUUGAUAAAUAGUUUUAUUUAUGCGCAUUAGACUCUCCUUUCUUUUCUGGCAACAUCCAAGGGCUUGUAAGUUAUGGAAUCUGUAUGCCAAAACAAUAAUUUAUUUUUUUACCUCCGUUUUUCUCCUUUAUCAUGUCGUUGACUAUAGCUAA